ACCAUGGAUGGUUGCGAUGCUCAGAACUACCAUUGUUGCAAGAAUGAUUUUAACACGAUAUCCAUUCUCUUGGAAAUCAGAAAUGGAGUCUCGAUUCUUCCUUUUCCUCACUCAUGGUGAAUGUGCUUAUCAAGAAGAUGCUUGAUGAUGGAAUGAAUCAUAUGGUUAUCGUUACUUAUCGUCAGUCCAUUGCUACUAUUUUCUUGGCACCCAUCGCCUACUUUUGGGAAGGGAAAAGUGAACGACAGGCAAAGGUUACGGCUAGCAUCUUAUGCAUGCUUUUCUUCAGUGCUCUGGUUGGGAUUACACUCACACAGUACUUGUUCCUUUUGGGACUCAAACGUACUACUUCUUCACUCUCUUGUGCAAUCCUCAACACAGUGCCUAUAUGCACAUUCGUCUUGGCAUUGCCAUUUGGUCUAGAGAAAGUGAAUCUGAAAAUCAAGGCGGGAAAGGCCAAGGUGCUUGGUAUGCUGAUAUGCUUAGGCGGAACCGUGCUGUUGAUUCUUUACAAAGGAACACCGUUAACCAGCACUGCACAUUCACGAGCUACAAUCAAUUCUAACGCCUCAACUUCUGCCAAGAAGACAGAGGAUUGGGUCAUUGGUUCUGCACUUUUGAUGGCAGGCUCACUUUUUUGGUCAUCAUGGUUCCUCAUUCAAACAAAAAUUGGCAAGAGAUAUCCAAGUAAAUAUUCUAGCAAUACCAUCUUGUCAUUCUUUGGUGCGAUUCAAUCGGCAAUCGUAUGUUUGAUUACCGGCAGCCGGAACAUCAACAUGUGGCUUCUGAAAGGAACAUGGCAAAUAAUUGGUGCCCUUUAUACUGGGAUGGUGGGAUCAGGUCUGUGCUACUUGGGGAUGUCAUGGUGUGUGAAACAAAGAGGUCCAGUCUUCACUGCAGCAUUCACUCCAUUGAUGCAGAUAUUUGCUGCAAUAUUUGAUAUUUCCGUUCUGCACGAACAACUUUUCCUCGGAAGCAUUCUAGGAUCUGUCCUGGUCGUACUUGGUCUGUAUAUUCUUCUGUGGGGAAAAAGUAUCGAGACACUGCAAUGUGAUUCGAAGCCAGUCCAAGUAAGCAAAGAAGAUGGAGAUCGUGAUGUGGUAUGAUAUGUCAAAUGUAACAAUCACUGUCAAUUCGAAGCCUAAUUAUGGCAAGCUGCUGCUUCUUCUUCUUCUUCUUCUUAAGGUCCUUGCCCAUAAUGAGCAAGUGAGAAGGGAGAGGGACAACAUUGAUGGAAUUUAAACUCCUCAUGAACGUGGGGACGGGGUUUACAAUUCUUUUAGCUAGAGUUAUUAUAAUUCUCUCUAAAAUCAUGAUUUAAAAUGUGUUACUAAGUAUUUUGGGUGCUCAUAUUGUUAAAUAUAAUAAAUUUUGAAA